CAAUGUGGAACAUGCAUUGUUUUCUGAUGAGUCCAACUUCACUGUCUCUCCCACAUCCAGGAGAUUCACAUUAUGGAGAAACCCCAAGCAAGCUUACCAUCUGGACUGUUGUGGGUCCAGAAUGAAGCAUGCAGUGGAUCAGUGAUGGUCUGCACAUUUGCAGGGCAGGCCAGCAGCAUGAACUCAAGAACGGUGUAUUACUCCAACGUGAAGGCUGAUGAUGGCUACUGCUCCACAAAGAGACGUUAUGUGAACAAAGAUGGCAGCUGCAAUAUAGUGUUUCGCCAUGUGCCUGAGGAAUGGUUUUUAUAUGUGACAGACAUCUUUACCACACUAGUAGAGAUCCGCUGGAGGGCCAUGUUUUUGACCUUUGCCCUCUCGUAUAUCCUGUCCUGGCUCUUCUUUGGGAUCCUGUUCUGGAUUAUCGCAAUGAUCCAUGGUGACAUGAGGGACCUAAACAACGAGCCAUGCGUCUAUGAGGUGAGAAGCUUUACAGCAGCCUUCCUCUUCUCUCUUGAGACACAGACUACCAUCGGAUAUGGCUCACGCGGCAUGUCUGAGAACUGCAUGCUGGCCAUCAUUACUGUGACCAUACAGGACGUCAUCAGUGUCUUCAUCGACACCUUUGUAAUUGGGAUUGUGGUUGCCAAAAUGGCAUCAGCCAGGAAAAGAGCACAGACAAUCGGAUUCAGCAAUACUGCCGUGAUAAACCGCCGUAACGGGCAUCUGUGUCUGUCAUGGCGAGUGGGUGACUUCCGUAGAAACCACAUGGUAGAAGGAACCACGCAUGCCCAGCUGGUCAGGCACACAGUGCACACAAAUGGCCAAGCAGACAUAACCUAUCAUGACCUUGAAAUCCAAAACAGUCAUGUCAUUCUGGCCACCCCAGUGACUAUCAUCCACAGAAUCAAUGCCAGCAGUCCUCUGUAUAAAAUGAAACUGCAAGAUCUACACAAAGACAGCUUUGACCUGGUCGUGACUUUCACCUACACAGAUGACUGCAGUGGGAUUCUACACCAGUCACGGACCUCCUACACUGCCAGUGAAAUCCUGUGGGGUCAGCAGUUUGAAGAGAUGGUGAGAGUUACUCAGAAGUCCUACAGAGUGGACUAUGAUCUCUUUCACCAAACAGCUAAGGUCCCACUGACAGAAAGCAGUCCUGAAGACUCUGAACUAAACAAGCAUACUCCAAGCCAUAAACAAGACCGACAAAUAGGCUGUUCUCUAGCAGUGGAGAGUGAAGACAUCUUAGGUCAAAACCAUAAUAGCAUUACUAUUCAAGAAAAACUAUAACAAACCAUGGUAUCUAUAGGACCUUGUAGUACUUAAAAGGGGACUAGAUUUGUAAAGCUAUGUAUAAAUACACAAAAAAAUAUGGUAAAUUAAAAACACCAUAAACAAUUCAAUACCCCUUGGCUAUGUUAAUGCCUGGCCAUAUACACAUGUGGAAUGUUAGAUUACAGCGUAAGUCAUUUAGUUUUUUUCUUAAAAUAGAAUUUUACAGAUAGAAGUUGCAGACCACCAUGCUCAGUUACCUGAUUCCACAGAAUCAUGAAAUAUGUGAAAUAAACCUAAUUAUUUGUGUUAUUUAUUACUUAGGCAAUCCAAAGUGCUCUAGGACCAAUCUAUGGAUUAUGCUUUAUCUAUUAAAAAAUAAUCAAAACUGCUUGUCCAUGUGCCUUAGACUCACACAUAAGCACAUAACAAAUCAGCUUCUUUAAUGCCAUUUGCUGAAUUAUAAUGUCAAUAUGGUAAGUAAUGUACCAAAGCUAACAUAACAGUGUUCUGCAAUCAGGAAGAUUUAAAAGUCUAACAGAAUUACAUUUUUACUUUUUCCCAGCAUCUUUGUUAUGACAAUAUAGCAUCUAUUCAGAUGACACUGGAAUAGCAUUUAUAACUAAUGGUCUGAGGUGAAAAUUUUGCAUUAUAUGUUAUCGUGUUUUCCAACAAGGAACUAUAAUUCAUGCUUUUGUGGUCUUUUGUAUAAUGCCUACAAUCAAAAGCUUUUAAAUAAUACGUGUAAAUUUUAUAUUCAUGAAUGUGAGUAGUGACAUUUGUGAGUAGAGACAAUGAGGCUGACCCUAUAAUUAGUAGGUCAAUUCAUGAUGUCUCUCCUUAAGCCCAUUUUACACCAGACCAGAUGUGCAAGCUUCAGUACCACUGUUGUCUUAUGUACAUUUCUUAUGUGAAGUCACUUACAGCAUGCUGGCAGAAUAAAUUAUUAUACUAUAUUGUGCUGGCUCUUAAUCAUGUCUGCAUCUGAAUUAUAUUUUAACUUAAAUUGGAAAAAAAAAGCGUUUAAGGAAUAUAUAAGGAAUAUCACACAACAGGACGUAUGUAGUGUUAUAGAAAAUAUUCCAGAACGGGGUGCUGUGAUAAACCAUAAACAGCUAAGAAUUACAAUAUUUAUUUAUAAAUUUUUUAAAUGUUUUAUAGUCAUAUUUGUUGUUGAAUGCCAACACAAGACUCAGGGUAGUACUUUAUAACUUAUGAAAUAUAAAAAGGCAGCUAUACACCACCAUUUCCUCACCGGCCUCCCGGUUUUUGUUCCUUAAGUUAAUAAGAUGCAAGUCAACAAAAACUCAGCUUGUCAUGUUGUGGAAAACCUGGAAAACUCAAACACCCAUUGUCCUGAAGACUUUCCUGUGGAAGAAAAUAUACUGUUUGGAGACUCCUUUCCAUAAAUGUUAAAUAAACUCCAUACUUAUUUCCUGCAACAACACUUUCCUAUCCAUUUAUUAUUAGCCUUAGAUUGUGUGGAUUGUCUGCCAAGUUACUCUGAAUGAGUUGUUACCAUAGGUGUGAUCAGGUACAGUAUUAAAACAAGCGCUUUCUCUACAUGUAAUUAAAAC